AAGGGAAGCCCGCCCUGUUUCACUCUCAUCGACAUGCGGAAGUAAAAAGCGAUAGGUAGUUUUUGGUUCUGCUUCUGUAAUAAAUAUCGUCCUUAGCGGCGAGGAUUCCUCGAAUCAAUCACCAUUGGACUAGAAGCUGGAUGGUAGUCUAGGGUUUUGCCUUGUUGGAGAGAGGGUGGGAUACAACGGAGAGAUGUCGCGAAUAGAGUUCGAUUCCGAAGAUCACAAGGUUCUUCUCAGAUCCGCACCCUCGACUUCCGAUUCAGAUCCGGAGGCCCAGUCAUCUUCGCCGCCACAAUCAUCGUUGUCACCGUCGGCGGCUAGGAGAAACGGGAGAGGGAUCGGCGACCUCCUUCGCCAUCUUGACCGCAGCCUCUCGGGUUCCAGGCUCAAUCGAAGGCAAUCAGGCCGCGGGAUCUCCCUUGCGGCGCCGGAUUAUGAGCGGUCGCGCGACGAGCUCGCCGACGGGGCACCGCCCGAAUGGGCGCUGCUGCUCAUCGGCUGUCUGCUUGGCGUUGCUACAGGAAUCUGCGUCGCGGCUUUUAAUCGCGGGGUGCAUGUGAUUCAUGAAUGGGCUUGGGCUGGUACCCCAAAUGAGGGUGCUGCUUGGCUUCGAUUACAGAGACUAGCUGAUACGUGGCAUAGGAUAUUGUUAAUACCAGUAACGGGAGGGGUUGUUGUUGGGAUGAUGCAUGGACUGCUUGAAAUCUUUGAGCAGAUAAAGCAGUCCAGAUCACAAAAACCAAGCAUAGACUUGUUGGCUGGAAUCUUUCCAACAAUCAAGGCUAUCCAAGCUGCUGUGACCUUAGGCACAGGUUGCUCACUAGGUCCUGAGGGUCCUAGCGUAGACAUUGGUAAAUCAUGUGCUAAUGGCUGUUCAGAAAUGAUGGAGAACAAUAGAGAAAGGAGGAUAGCUCUUGUUGCUGCUGGUGCUGCUGCUGGGAUUGCUUCAGGCUUUAAUGCUGCCGUUGCUGGAUGCUUCUUUGCUAUUGAAACCGUACUGAGGCCACUACGUGCAGAGAAUUCACCCCCCUUCACAACUGCAAUGAUUAUUCUGGCAUCAGUUAUAUCAUCCACAGUUUCAAAUGUAUUACUUGGAGAACGACCAGCUUUUACUGUGCCGACGUAUGAACUAAAAUCUGCUGCUGAACUACCACUCUACCUCAUCCUGGGCAUGUUGUGUGGGGUGGUCAGUGUGGUCUUUACUAGGUUGGUUGUCUUGUUCACAAGAUGCUUCGAGUAUAUCAAGGAAAGGUUUGGCCUUCCUGCUGUUGUUUGUCCUGCUUUAGGUGGCUUAGGAGCAGGUAUAAUAGCUCUGAAAUAUCCUGGAACAUUAUACUGGGGUUUCACUAAUGUUGAUGAAAUCUUGCACACUGGGAAGAGUGCUGCUGCUCCUGGAAUCUGGCUGUUAACACAACUAGCUGCAGCAAAAGUAGUAGCAACUGCUCUUUGCAAGGGUUCUGGGCUUGUAGGGGGCCUUUAUGCUCCAAGUUUGAUGUUAGGUGCUGCUGUUGGUGCUGUAUUUGGGGGUUCUGCGGCAGAAUUAAUAAAUUCUGCAAUUCCUGGGAAUGGUGCUCUUGCGCAGCCUCAGGCCUAUGCUCUUGUUGGGAUGGCAGCUACUCUAGCUUCAGUUUGCUCAGUUCCCUUAACCUCAGUAUUACUUCUCUUUGAACUAACAAAGGACUACAGAAUCCUUCUCCCGCUUAUGGGAGCAGUUGGUUUAGCAAUUUGGGUUCCUUCAGUUGCCAACCUGUCCAAAGAUUGUUAUGUGGUGGAGACAAGUGCCAAUGGGCGUGGUUAUUCUUCUCUUUCAUUUUCUGAGGAGAAAAAUGAUACUGUUUGGAGAGAUGGAGAUGAUCUAGAACUCUCUGUUCGUGAAACUGAAAUGCAGUUGCAUGGAAUUUAUAAUGAAGCACUUCUUGAUGAAUUGAAGGUUUCCCAGGCCAUGUCAAAGAACUUUGUUAAAGUUUCACCUACAACUGUCUUGAAAGACGUCAUUAAGUUUAUGCAUGAUAAUCAGCAGAGUUGUGUGCUUGUUGUGGAUACAGAUGAUUUUCUUGAGGGGAUUCUCACAAGAGGUGAUAUUCAGAAGAGAGGAUUUGAGCCUUCCAGAGAAAAUCUUCAGAAUAGAAAAGAUUCUACUGUCUGCGAUAUCAACACCUGUCAAAUUUCAUCAUGCUUUACAAGAGGGUUUCAACAUCGAGGUGUCGAACGCGGAAUUUUAACCUGCUUUCCAGACACAGAUCUGACCAUUGCAAAGGAGCUCAUGGAAGCCAAAGGCAUCAAACAGUUGCCAGUGGUUGCACGCUGCAGAGAGACUAUAAAUUAUGGAAAGCGCAGGCUUGUUGGUCUUCUUAAUUAUGAUGCAAUUGAACGCUGUCUCAGAGAGGAAAUCCGGCACAGGAAGAACUAUUAUCAACAAAGAGAAGAACAUCAAGAUAUAACAACAAAUAUCCAUUGAGCGUGUCUAAUCUGAAGAAUGGAGUAUCCAACUAGCUAACAGCUCUGCUUCAGCAAUUUUGGUUCUCGUGGCAUUAAUUUUAUUAGCGGUAUUAAUGCCCGACUUCAAUGGCUAUUAUGAUUAUAUUUCCCUUUUCACAAUGCAAACUGUAUCAUAAAUUUUUCAUCAACAUGUUUAAGGCACUGAAUUUCAUUUAAAUUUGGCCAAACUCCACUUCUCGAUGGGGGGUGGAGCCAUAUUUGUUGGGCCGUCCAGUCCUUAUAUUCUUUUGUGAUAUGUGCAGAGUUUUUUUUUUUUUUUAGUUUUGAAUGACAGUAAAAGCUGUUAAGGGAACCAUGUAUAUGUCAGGUAUCUAUAUAUAGUGCUUGAGGGCUACAAUAUUCAGAUUGUUAAUCUUAUUACAGGUCCUGAUAUUCUUUUCUACAA